UUUUAUUUGUUCACUUGUUUCGCUAAACAACGUAAGACCGGCCGGCAAAAGGAAGGCGCUUUUAAUAAAAAAAAAUUAAGAAGAAUAUCUUAACCGUAUUGCAAAAUAAAUAAUUCACAGAAAAAAAACAAAAAAUGGCAAAAAAUCCAACAGCCGAACCUAAAUACACUUUGCUUUUUAUCAACAAUGAAUUUGUUCCUUCUGUAUCAAAUAAGAAAUUCGCGACUGUGAACCCAGCCACCAACAAUGUUAUCACCUAUGUUGCUGAAGGUGAUAAAGCUGACGUUGAUAAGGCAGUAGCAGCCGCCAAAAAGGCAUUCCAACGUAACUCACCAUGGCGUAAAAUGAGCCCUUUGCAACGCACUGACUUAAUGAUCAAACUUUGUGAACUGAUGACUCGCGACAAGCCUAUUUUGGCGAGUUUGGAAACCCAAGAUAAUGGCAAACCGUACACUGAAGCUUGUCUGGAUGUUGAUUAUUCGAUUGACACUUUGAAAUAUUAUGCCGGUUGGACUGAUAAAUUCUGUGGCGAUACAGUGCCGGUUGGCUACGAUCUUGUUACCAUAACGCGUAAAGAACCGGUGGGCGUUGUAGGUCAAAUAAUACCCUGGAAUUAUCCUCUAUUGAUGCUAGCCUGGAAAUGGGGUCCAGCUUUGGCUGUAGGCUGCACAAUUGUUCUGAAACCUGCGGAGCAAACUCCGUUGACUGCCUUGCAUAUGGCUGCGUUGGCCAAGGAAGCUGGUUUUCCGGCUGGUGUUAUUAAUGUUGUUACCGGUUUCGGACCCACUGCUGGUGCAGCCAUUUCUGAGCAUCCCGACGUGCAAAAGGUGGCCUUUACUGGCUCCGUUCCUGUAGGACGCCUUGUUAUGGAAGCUGCCGCUAAAUCGAAUCUUAAACGCGUUUCCUUGGAAUUGGGCGGCAAAAGUCCUUUGGUAGUAUUCGAUGAUGCUGAUGUUGACUUCGCUGUGAAUGUUGCACACGAGGCUUUGUUCUCUAAUCACGGUCAAAGUUGCUGCGCUGGAAGUCGCACUUAUGUCCAUGAAAAAAUUUAUGAUGAAUUUGUAUCAAAAGCUGUCGCUAAAGCAAAGUCGCGCACUGUCGGCGAUCCUUUCGAUGAUAAAGUCUUGCAAGGUCCUCAAAUUGACAAUGAAAUAUUUUCUCAAGUUUUGAGUUAUAUAGAAAGUGGAAAAGAAGAAGGCGCCAAGUUACAAUGUGGCGGAAAACGUGUUGGCGAAAAAGGUUUCUUUAUAGAACCAACUGUUUUCUCGGAUGUCACCGAUGAUAUGAGAAUAGCUCAAGAAGAGAUAUUCGGUCCCGUGCAGUCCAUAUUUAAAUUCAGUACCGUUGAAGAGAUAAUUGAACGCGCCAAUAAUGUACAAUAUGGCUUAGCUGCUGGCGUGAUUACUAAUGAUUUGAAUAAAGCGAUGCAAUACGCUCAAAGUGUUGACGCUGGUUCUGUUUGGAUCAAUUGUUAUGACGCCGUGUUACCGCAGACUCCAUUCGGUGGUUACAAAAACUCUGGUAUGGGUCGUGAAUUGGGCAAAGAUGGCCUCGAUAACUAUUUGGAGACCAAAACUAUAACAAUGAAAGUGUUUAAUCAAACUUCUUCGGAUUAACUUUCUCGCCUUGUGGGAUAGAUUAACGCACAAAGAAGAAAAAAAGUUCUUUUUUUUAUUAACUUUUAUUUAGUUUCCUUAAAUUUUGUUCACAAAAGAAAAUUUCAAAAAUAAUAACAUCAAAUGCAAUUGACUUUCGUUAUCAUCUUUCCAAAGAGAGACUUAAUUGAUUUUUGGAAAUAAUGACA